UUGCCGCCAUCUUGCUUCUUUUUCUCGCUUGCUCUCACCCUCUCGGAAAGCAGAGAAAGUGCUUUGGCGGUUUGUCCAUCCGCAGCUUCGGCUUCCCAGUCCGGUGGCCUCUCUCGCCACUCCUCCAAUCCCAACUUCCCCUCCCCCUCAUCGGACCUCGGUAGAGCCCUCGGAGUACGCAAACUGGCGGACUGAUUUUGAGCAGUGUGGCAGGAGGUUUUGGACUCGAUGAGUUUCCACCGAAAUGUCGGAGAAGUCAGGCCAGAGCACAAAAGCAAAGGAUGGGAAAAAGUAUGCAACACUCAGUUUGUUUAAUACUUACAAGGGAAAAUCACUGGAAACUCAGAAAACUACAGCUCGACAUGGGUUACAAAGCCUUGGAAAAGUUGGUAUUUCACGGCGCAUGCCUCCACCUGCUAAUCUCCCAAGUCUCAAAGCAGAAAACAAAGGCAAUGAUCCUAAUGUGAAUAUUGUUCCUAAAGAUGGCACAGGAUGGGCAUCUAAACAAGAACAGCACGAAGAAGAAAAAGCACCAGAAGUGUCACCAGCACAGCCAAAACCUGGGGUUGCACCUCCCCCAGAAAUAGCACCUGCUCCUAAAUCAUGGGCCAGUAACAAGCAAGGUGGGCAAGGAGAUGGAAUCCAGGUGAAUAGUCAAUUUCAGCAGGAAUUUCCCAGCUUGCAGGCAGCAGGGGAUCAAGAUAAAAAAGAAAAGGAAGCAAAUGAUGACAGCUAUGGGCCUGGACCCAGUUUGCGGCCACCAAAUGUUGCUUGUUGGAGAGAUGGUGGUAAAUCUUCUGGCCCAUCUUCCUCAACAGACCAGGAUGAAAAGCUUGUUCAAGAUGAAAACACAGCUAUAACAUCAGAACAAAGUGACAUCCUCAAAGUGGUGGAAAAAAGGAUAGCUUGUGGUCCUCCGCAGGCUAAACUGAAUGGACAACAACCUACUCUUGCUUCCCAGUACAGAGCUAUGAUGCCACCCUAUAUGUUUCAGCAGUAUCCAAGGAUGGCAUAUCCUCCUCUACAUGGUCCAGUGAGGUUUCCACCCUCUUUAUCUGAAACAAACAAAGGCCUUCGAGGAAGAGGCCCUCCUCCUUCCUGGGCUUCUGAGCCUGAACGCCCAUCCAUCCUCAGUGCAUCAGAACUGAAGGAACUUGAUAAAUUUGAUAACCUAGAUGCUGAAGCAGAUGAAGGUUGGGCAGGUGCUCAGAUGGAAGUAGAUUACACAGAGCAGCUUAAUUUCAGUGAUGAUGAUGAACAAGGAAGUAGUAGUCCGAAAGAGACUAACAGUAUCCAUCCACCUCCAGAUCGACAGGGGUUACCCGGAAGAUCAGGCCCCUUCCCUCCCAAGCAGCAAGUACCUGAUGAAGAUGAAAUAUGGAAACAAAGGCGAAGGCAACAAUCUGAAAUUUCUGCAGCAGUGGAACGUGCUCGUAAACGACGUGAAGAAGAAGAGCGAAGAAUGGAGGAGCAGAGAAAGGCAGCUUGUGCAGAGAAACUGAAGCGAUUGGAUGAGAAGCUUGGCAUUGUGGAAAAACAGCCAUCACCGGAGGAAGUUAGGGAAAGAGAAAAAGAAAAAGAGCGAGAGCGUGAGAAAGAACUUGAAAAGGAACAAGAGCAGGAGCGAGAGAAGGAAAGGGAACGAGAGAGGCAGCAGGAAAAGGAAAAAGAGUUGGAGAAGGAGCACGAGAAACAGAGGGAAAUGGAGGAGAGAAAGCAAGAAAAAGAGAAAGAGUUAGAACAACAGAGGGAAAAAGAAAAGGAACUACAAAAGAUGAAAGAACUAGAGAAGGAGAGUGAUUUGAAGAAAGAAAGGGAGAAAGCAGAAGAAAAAAUAGAACCCAAAGAACCUAUUUUGGAGUCUGUGGCAGAAAAACAAGAGAGCGAAAAAAGCUGUAUUAAAGAAGAGGAGCCAGUUUUCACUAGACAGGAUAGUAAUCGCAGUGAGAAGGAGGCUGCACAGUUGGUACAUGAAGCAGAACCAGAAUCGGGAUCUCAGCCUCGACCUGCUGUACUAUCUGGCUACUUCAAACAGUUUCAGAAAUCAUUACCACCUCGAUUCCAGCGACAGCAGGAGCAGAUGAAGCAGCAGCAGUGGCAGCAGCAGCAGCAGCAGCAGGGUGUGCUUCCACAGGCUGUUCCUUCCCAGCCAUCUGGUGGUACUGUCCCUCCCCCACCACACAGACCACUUUACCAGCCCAUGCAGCCUCACCCUCAGCAUUUGGCUUCCAUGGGUUUUGACCCAAGGUGGCUAAUGAUGCAGUCCUACAUGGAUCCUCGGAUGAUGUCUGGAAGACCUGCUAUGGACCUUCCGCCCAUUCAUCCUGGAAUGAUUCCUCCGAAACCAUUAUUGAGAAGAGAUCAGAUGGAAGGGUCACCAAACAAUUCUGAAUCAUUUGAGCAUAUAGCUCGUUCUGCUAGAGAUCAUGCAGUUUCUCUUCCUGAGUCCCGCAUGAUGUGGGGGUCAGAUCCAUAUUCUCAUGCUGAACCUCAGCAGGCAGCUACAGCUAAGACAAAUGAAGACUCUGAUGAUGUAAGGCCUGAAGCUGCUUUGGACCAGGAACAGAUUACUGCUGCUUAUUCUGUAGAACAUAGUCAGUUAGAGACACAUACAAAAGCUGAUUUUGUUAGAGAAUCAAACGAUACAGAAGUACAGAAAUUUGUAAGCAGAUCUGUGGAAGACAUUAGGCCUCAUACUGAUACAAAUAAGCAGUCUGCUUGUUUUGAAGUAUCUGAAAAGAAGACCUUAUCCAGUACUCCAGAUGAACAGAUUUCUGCCCCUGAAAGUCAGCCUGCCCCAAAAAGAAGUGUUUCUCAUGGCCCUAACUUUUCUCACAAAUCAGAGGAACAAAGAAAUGAGCCAUCUAUAAGCCUUCCUAAAGUAACCAGUAGAUGUAUUGAUUCAAAAGAACCAGUAGAAAGGCCAGAAGAAAAGCCAAGAAAAGAUAGCUUUAUACGAUCAGAAGGACCAAAACCUGAAAAGGUGUAUAAAUCUAAAGCAGAAACCCGCUGGGGCCCAAGGCCAAGCUCCAACAGAAGGGAAGACGGUAAUGAUAGACCAGUAAGAAGGUCAGGUCCCAUUAAAAAACCUGUACUUAGAGAUAUGAGAGAAGAACGAGAGCAAAGGAAAGAGAAAGAAGGAGAAAAGCUUGAAAAGGCUACUGAAAAAGUAGUAAAACCUGAAAAGACAGAAAAGAAGGAUCUUGUUCCUCCCCCUUCACCACCUGUAGCACCAGUUCAGCCACCUUCGGUUCCAACAACAGUACAGCCAGAACCAGAGAAAUUUCCUUCAGCAGAAACUUCAACUUUGGCUCAAAAACCAUCUCAAGAUAUUGAGAAGCCUCUGGAACCUGUAAGUAGUGUUCAGGUAGAGCCUACUGUUAAAACUGUAAACCAGCAAACUGCUACAUCUCCAGCUGUCAAAGAAGAAAAACAGCCUGAGAAGGCCAUUAACAAAGAUGUUGGAAUAGAGAGAACUCGAACAGAUUCAAGGCCAGUGGUUAAAAAAGAGUCAACCUUACCACCCCGGACCUAUUGGAAAGAAGCUAGAGACAGAGAUUGGUUUCCAGAUCAAGGAUAUAGAGGUCGUGGCCGAGGUGAAUAUUACUCCAGGGGUCGAAGCUAUAGAGGCUCUUACGGAGGCCGAGGUAGGGGUGGUAGAGGGCACACUCGUGACUAUCCCCAAUAUAGAGACAAUAAGCCAAGGGCAGAGCACGUGCCCCCAGGGCCUCUUAGACAACGAGAAGAAAGUGAAACACGAAGUGAAAGUUCUGAUUUUGAAAUUGUACCCAAAAGACGACGACAGCGUGGUUCAGAAACUGAUACAGACAGUGAAGUUCAUGAAAGUGCAAGUGACAAAGACAGCUUAAGCAAAGGCAAAUUUCCCAAAAGAGAUGAUCGGUCUGAAAACAAAAAAUCUCUGAAACCUCAGUCUUUCAAGCCUGAAAAUCAUGUUCGAAUGGACAGUAGGCCACUUGAAAAGCCUUACAUCCGGGAUGAUGAGAAAUCUAAACCAGGCUUCCUUCCUAAAGGAGAGCCCACAAGGCGAGGCAGAGGAGGAACAUUCAGGCGUGGCGGGCGGGAUCCUGGAGGCCGGCCCUCACGCCCUUCUACCCUGCGCAGACCUGCUUAUCGGGAUAGUCAGUGGAACCCAAGGCAGACUGAAGCUCCAAAACCAGAGGACGGAGAGCCACCAAGAAGACAUGAACAAUUUAUUCCUAUACCAGCAGAUAAACGACCUCCAAAAUUUGAACGUAAAUUUGACCCAGCUAGAGAGAGGCCCCGAAGGCAGCGCCCUACCCGGCCACCAAGGCAAGAUAAGCCUCCUCGAUUUAGACGCCUAAGAGAGAGGGAGGCUGCUACAAAAACAAAUGAAGUGUCAGUGCCCACAAAUGGCACAGUUAAUAAUGUGGUUCACGAACCAGCUAAUACUCCUGGGGAUAUUUCUGGGAAUAAAACACCAGAUUUAUCUAAUCAGAACUCUUCAGAUCAGGCAAAUGAAGAAUGGGAAACGGCUUCUGAAAGUAGUGAUUUCAAUGAGAGACGAGAGAGGGAUGAAAAAAAAAAUGCUGAUUUGAAUGCACAGGCUGUUGUAAAAGCUGGUGAGAAUGUUUCACCUCCUAAGAGAGAGAUAGCAAAGAGAAGUUUUUCUAGCCAGAGACCUGGAAUAGAUCGCCAGAAUCGACGUGGUAACAGUGGUCCCCCAAAAUCAGGAAGAAAUUUCUCAGGUCCGAGGAAUGAAAGAAGAAGUGGGCCACCAUCAAAAAGUGGAAAGAGAGGACCAUUUGAUGACCAGUCUGCAGGCACAGCUAAUGUUGACCCUGUCAAUGGCGGCUCUGCACACCACCAGGAAGUAACAUCUAAUGGUACAGGACCAAAGAAUUCCAAGGAUUCUACUGGGAAAAAGAGAGAAGACACCAAACCAGGUCCUAAAAAACCCAAAGAGAAAGUAGAUGCUCUCUCACAGUUUGAUCUUAACAAUUAUGCAAGUGUUGUUAUAAUCGAUGAUCACCCUGAAGUAACAGUAGUUGAAGACCCCCAGUCAAAUUUGAAUGAUGAUGGUUUUACUGAAGUGGUAUCUAAAAAACAGCAAAAACGUUUACAGGAUGAGGAACGCCGGAAGAAGGAAGAACAAGUCAUACAGGUCUGGAACAAAAAAAAUGCAAAUGAGAAAGUAAGAAGUCAGACUUCCAAGCUUCCUCCCAGGUUUGCCAAGAAGCAGGCCACAGGGACACAGCCAGCCCAGGCUCCAGUCUCAGCUCUGGCUUCAGCUCCAGCUUUGUCUUCAGCCUCAGCUGCGGUUCUUAUACCACCUGCAGCUCCAGUUACAGCCUCGGUGGCAGCUGUGGUUGUGACAUCACCUGCAGUGCUAGUCUCAGCUCCAGCCCAUGCUCCAGUGUUGCCGGCCACCUCAGUUCCAGCUCCAGCUUCCACCUCAGCCCCAGUGUCCUCCUCCUCAGCUCCAGCCAUAGCCUCCUCUUCAGCUCCAGCCUCCACCCCAGCUCCAACCCCUCUUCUUGCCUCUGCUUCAACCCCUGCAUCUGUCCCCAUUCUUGCCCCAGCCUCGAUUCCUGUCCUUGCUUCAGCCUUAGCACCAGCUUCAGCUCCACCUCCAGCCACAGCAGUCUCCUCCCCAACUGUGCCAGCUACCUCGCCCCCUGCCUCCUCAGCCUUGAGUUCAGCAGCCUCAGUCCCACUUGCUUCAGCCCCCACCCCCGCGCCUGCCCCCACCCCCAUUGCUCCAGCACAGACUCAGGCCCAGACCCACAAACCAGCUCAGAACCCUCUGCAAGCUUCACAGGCUUCAAAACAGCCACCACCUUCCAUUAGACUGCCUUCAGCUCAGACACCUAAUGGCACAGAUUACGUAGCCACAGGAAAAUCCAUCCAGACUCCACAAGCACAUGGCAGUCUGACUGCUGAAUUAUGGGAUAACAAGGUGGCCCCACCAGCUGUACUAAAUGACAUCUCUAAGAAACUAGGUCCCAUUAGUCCACCUCAGCCACCUUCGGUGAGUGCAUGGAAUAAACCCUUAACUUCGUUUGGAUCGGCUACUUCAUCAGAGGGAACAAAGAAUGGUCAAGAGAGUGGUGUUGAAAUUGGAAUUGACACCAUUCAGUUUGGUGCUCCAGCUUCAAAUGGCAGUGAAAAUGAAGUAGUUCCUGUGCUCUCAGAAAAAUCUGCUGACAAAAUAUCCGAACCUAAAGAACAGCGGCAGAAACAGCCACGAGCAGGACCUAUCAAAGCCCAGAAGCUUCCAGAAUUGAGUCCAGUAGAAAACAAAGAACAUAAACCUGGUCCCAUUGGAAAGGAGCGUUCAUUAAAAAAUAGAAAAGUGAAAGAUGCCCAAGUGGUGGAGCCAGAAGGGCAAGAGAAGCCUGCAUCCGCUACAGGCAGAAGCACAGAUUCUGUCGCAGCAAAGGAAACCAAAGCAGUUUCAGAAAUGGCUGCAGAAAUUGGACCGAUGAUCUCCGUAUCUUCUGCAGAAUUUGCCACUGAUGCAAAGGAGUCUGUAACAGACUAUACUACACCUUCUUCUUCUCUUCCUAACACUGUGGCUACUAAUAAUGCAAAGAUGGAGGAUACUUUGGUUAAUAAUGUGCCCUUGCCCAACACCCUUCCCCUCCCUAAGAGGGAGACUAUACAACAGAACUCCAGCCUAACUUCAGUUCCUCCCACUACUUUCAGCCUCACCUUCAAGAUGGAGUCUGCACGCAAGGCCUGGGAGAAUUCUCCAAAUGUACGGGAAAAGGGCUCUCCAGUGACGUCAGCAGCACCACCUCUUGCCAGUGGAGUCAGCAGCAGCACCAGCGGGCCCAGCUCCGCCAGUUACAGCUCCUUCUCCAGUGCGUCUGUGCCACAGAUUCCUGUCGCCUCCGUCACUCCUACCACAUCGCUUCAUUUUUCACAGUUGAGCUGUAUGCCUUCCCUUAUUGCCCAGCAGCAACAGAGUCCACAAGUUUAUGUGUCUCAGUCUGCAGCAGCUCAAAUCCCAGCGUUCUACAUGGACACAAGUCAUUUAUUUAAUACCCAGCAUGCACGAUUGGCUCCACCGUCCUUGGCUCAGCAGCAAGUACAAGGCCAGCAUCAAGCUCAGCUGAGUUUGGGAGCUGGACCUGCUGUUUCCCAGGCUCAGGAAUUAUUCAGCUCUUCACUUCAACCAUACAGAUCUCAGCCAGCCUUCAUGCAAAGCAGCCUGUCCCAGCCAUCUGUGGUCCUGUCUGGCACUGCUAUCCACAACUUCCCAGCCGUCCAAGCCUCAAAUCUUUAUUCUGGACAAGUACAACAACCUGGCCAGACAAGUUUUUAUAACACUGCCCAGUCGCCAAGUGCUCUCCAGCAGGUUACAGUACCUUUACCAGCAUCCCAGCUUUCCUUGCCUAACUUUGGAUCCACAGGGCAGCCUCUGAUUGCUUUGCCUCAGACUCUUCAUUUUAUAGAGGAAUUGGAUUUUCAGAGUGCCCUGUCCUUAAGUGCCAAAGUCCUGUUUGGCCUGAUGUCUGAAAUGGAACUAAAAGCCUUUGGAAGUGGCAUUGAUAUAAAACCAGGCACACCUCCAAUAGGCGGGAGAAGCACCACGCCGACAUCUAGUCCCUUCCGGGCUACUUCAACCAGCCCAAACAGCCAGUCCAGCAAAAUGAACAGCAUUGUCUAUCAGAAGCAGUUCCAGUCAGCUCCUGCCACUGUGAGAAUGACACAGCCUUUUCCUACACAGUUUGCACCCCAGGCAAAACAGAGAGCAGAGGUUCUUCAGUCCACGCAACGGUUCUUCUCUGAACAGCAACAGAGCAAACAGAUAGGAGGCAAAGCCCAGAAAGUGGACAGUGAUUCCAGUAAACCUCCUGAAACACUCACAGACCCUCCUCUUCCACAGACCCUCCAGGAAAAAGUGGAAGAGAAGCCACCCCCUGCAUCCACCAUAGCCACCAAACCUGUCAGGACUGGACCGAUCACACCUCAGGCGAUCAAAACCGAAGAAACAAAAUCUUAAAGGACAUGGCUUAUUGCAGAGGAUUGGGGGAGGGGGAAGAGAGGUGGGGAGGACGAAGUCAGAUAAUGCCAGCAGCCACGGCGCUAACGUGGUUUGUGACAUUAUCCUGUGUAGGGCUUGAGGACAUAGGAACAAAGUACACUGGCAUGCAGCUGCCCACCGGUCAAGGGAGGCUUUGCAAGCUUGCCUCUGCUAUAUAACGUUCACUUGGUUGAUGGCCAUGUAUCUUCAGUCAGAAUUUUGUAAACAAGUACAUGCACAUACUCCUUAAGUGCAUAUUAAUUUGAUCCAAAAGUCUUUAUGGUUAAAUGAAAGCCCAGUAAUAGGAAAAUCACACCACACAGGAAUAGCUCAGCCUGAAUUAUGGCAGGUCCCAGCUAAUACAUCCGAUACGGUUUCUUCACUCCCUGGCGUUCUUUGGGUAUGGUUAUAGUGUUUGUAGGCUUCCAGGUGAAGAUCUGCAGAUAACUGGUGCUGGAUAGAGGAGCCUUAUUUUUUUUCCUAUGGCAGCUUGCUAUUUUUGUAACAUGGUGAUUGGGUUGAACAAAAUCAAAGUACAGUAGUAAGUGAUCCCCCUUCUUCCUGGAUGGGCAAGCAGAUGACUGAACAUCAAUGUCCGCGUCCUUGGACAUCCCCAGAUGAGCGGUGUGUGCCUACGACUUCUCUUUGAAAUGAUGCAGUGUUUGGUUGUGGUCCGAAGCUCCCAAGCAGUACUGCUCGGCAUCUCCUUU